UAUAUUAGGGGGAAGAUAAACCUAUUUUAUAGAGUUGGAUUGUGGUAUAGUUUUUACUCAAAUUAAGAUAUUUCUCGUUUCAUAGCAGUUUGAAUUUAAUGACACUACCAUAUAUUACCGAAAAAUUGCAUUGUCUUUGCUAUCUAUAGAAUUAAUUCCUAACAGCGAUAAUUCGUACUCCAUAUAUUUAGGAAAGUUGAAGUACUUUCCGUUUAAUAUUCAUUGCUUGUGUGACGGACGAAUGGUGUUUGAGGUGUUCGAUGUGCCAGAUGACUAUUCGUAUUGUAUAGUUGGCGUGUGAGGCGAGUUGUAGGGCUGAGUACAAUUGUAAAGGAAACAACGGUUUGAGAAUAGGACGAUGGCUGCGGCCCCCCAUAAAUUAAGCUGUAUUCUGUUUGGACAUAGUUCGGACGUUAGGUCGGUAGCUGUAACCCGCGAGGGUUAUAUUGUUACUGGAUCUAGAGAUAAAAGUGCGAAGAUUUGGAAGCCUAAUGGAAUGAAUAAUGAAUACUGUGAGGCACAAACUCUGAUGGGACACUCAAAUUUUGUUGUAUGUGUGUGUGUGCUACCCCCUCAUGACGGUCAGCCGUUGGGUCUUAUACUGACGGGAAGCAACGAUCGUUGUAUUUGUGCCUUUGCUCCAGAUUCUUCAAAACCAUUGUAUGUGUUGAAGGGGCAUACUAAUGCUGUCUGCAGUCUCUCUGCUGGUUUAAAUGACAGAACAGUCAUGAGUGCAUCAUGGGAUGCAACAGCUUGCAUGUGGAAGUUAGAUGGCAGUACUGAGCCUUCACUUACAUUGUCUGGACACCAGGGAGCAGUUUGGUCUGCCAUUCAGCUGCCAUCAGGAGACAUAGUAACAGGUUCAGCAGAUAAAACCAUUAGAGUAUGGGAUAAAGAAGGGCAGUUCCAACGUACAUUGACGGGACACACUGACUGUGUGCGUGGAUUAGCGGCAACUUCAAGCAAUGAGUUCCUGUCGUGUGCCAAUGAUGCUACUGUAUGCCACUGGAAUGCCACAGUUGGAACAUGCCUUUCAGUUUUCUAUGGUCAUUCAAACUAUAUCUAUAGCAUAAGUGUUUUCCCGGGAGCAGGGGUUGACAGUUUUGUGACAUCAUCCGAAGACCGCACAGUUAAAAUAUGGCAGAAUGGUGAAUGUCGGCAAACUGUAACUCUACCAGCUCAGAGUGUCUGGUCAGUUGCGUGUUUGCAAAAUGGCGAUUUUGUUACUGGGAGCAGUGAUGGGAUUGCUCGAGUCUUCAGCGCAGAUCCAAGUCGCCAAGCAGAACCGAUUCUGCAGGAGCAGUUUGCUUCAGAAGUGGCACACACAAGCAUGGCAGCAAAACAGGAGCUUGGAGGAGUCAAGAUUAGUGAGUUGCCGGGAAUGGGGGCAUUGUGUGAGCCUGGUUACAGUGAUGGCCAAAGGAAGCUUGUGCGUGAUGGCACAGAUGUAUUUUGCUACAGUUGGUCUGCAGCAGACAAAGAGUGGGUUAAGAUUGGAGAUGUGGUGGGAGCCAGUGGAGGAACACAAGCAACAUCGGGAAAACAGCUCUAUAAUGGAAAGGAGUAUGACUACGUCUUUAGUGUAGACAUUGAGGAUGGGAAGCCGCCACUGAAACUUCCAUAUAAUUGUGAUGAAGAUCCAUGGUUUGCUGCACAAACGUUCAUACAUGAUAACAAUUUGAGUCAGCUGUUCUUAGACCAAGUAGCAAAUUUUAUUGUGAAUAAUAGCAAACAGAAUGUUCCUCUUGGUACUAAAGAUUCAUCGCCUGAAUUCUGCGACCCAUUCACAGGUGGUAAUCGGUACAUUCCUCCAGGUAGUUCUGGUAGACCUGACCUUGCUAAUGUGGCAGAUCCAUUUACUGGUGCAUCUCGAUAUGUUCCAUCUUAUGGAAAUGGUGUACCAGAUUCUCCUGCAGGUGGUGGCACCAGCUCAACAUCACUGUCCUCAGCUACUUUGGAUAAUUGCCCUCUGAAGCCUUAUUUUCCACAGAAGACAUAUCUACGAUUCGACCAAGCUAAUCUCAGUGUUAUUUUAGAAAAAUUGCUAGAAUUCAACCGCUCAACAGGUGAUGGUAUUCACAAGGUACAGGAUAGUUAUCUGGAGGGUGUAAUAAAGCUAGCAGGAGCUGAUGCCACUGCAAACCCUCUCUAUAUGCAGGUGCUGAAGCAGCUUCUGCAGUGGCCACAGGAUAUUGUAUUCCCAGUGCUGGACAUUGUAAGAUUGGCAGUUCGUAAUGCAGAAAUCAACUCUGACCUUUGCUCUGGCAUCAUGGGUGAUCAACUGAUUGGCCAUUUGCAGCGUUUUCUCGUAUCUCAUUCGCUGACAGCCAACCAGAUGCUGUCACUACGCAUCCUGUGUAAUAUGCUGUCACAUCCUGAGGGGGAGGCCCUAGCCAUCAGGCACAAGGACUAUUUGCUUUCAGUUGUAUUUGACAUCACUCCACCCUUCAAUAAGCAGAUGCAGAUUGCAAUUUCAACGCUUCUCUUAAAUCUUGCUGUAGCUUUCAACCGAACUCGGGAUUCGUUGAGUCGUGCCCGAGCUGUGGUGGCCUCAUCUGUGAUAUUACCACGUUUGUCUGAUUCAGAAGCACUGUUUCGAGGUUUAGUUGCUUUAGGUACUCUGAUUUGGGAUGCUGAUACCUUACAAGAUAAAACAGAAUUGAUUGAGUCUGUGAAUAGUUCAAAGGAAAUUGUGACUUUGCUUGAUAAGUUAAGUGCGGGUUCAUCUAUGGACAAAGUGACCCAAUGUGCUGCCCAGGUAUCUGCAUUAAUGCAGGUAUAGUUCUUGGUCAUGGUGAAACAGUUUAAUUUCACAUUAAGUCAUUGCCCUGCUUUUUUAGACUUAUCUGUUGCUUACUGAAGUAUGUUAUCCGGACUUGUGAUAUUAAAGAUGGAGUUUUACUUCUAAAGUACAGAGCUCUUAGUGUUCAGCUGCCAAAGGAAAUACAUCAAACCAUAACAGUUAUUCUUAGCUUUAUACAUGAAAUAGCAAAAAUGUAAAACACAGUUCUGAGGAUAACAGAUACUGGAGAAGCAACAUUUUCUUUGUUUCAAAUAUACUGGUCAUUCUGUUUCUCAAAUAUGUGACUGCAUGAUAUAGAAAUGAUUCUGUGAGGAAUGUUAGUUGCAUUUGCUCAAGUGUAAGGUACACUUCAACAUAACAUACCCGUUUUUCAAACGAUAAAAUGAAAGGAAGAAAGAAAUGCAAUAGCUUCAAGAAAUAAAUGGCAUAGUUGAAAGACUGCCUUCAGAUUGAAUGAAAUAUGGAUUAACCAUUGGGUUAUUUUGGAGUACUGAUUGUUGUAAAGCAUGAAUGUGUUUAUUCUGAUUACAUAAAUAAAUUUAUUUAUUACAGUAA